AGAAGACAAAAAAUCGGUUUGAAGAACUUAUUUCUAGCGUGAACAUAGCACGUGCUCUAGAAAAUGGAACAGGUUGUACAGCACGAACUACCGGCAGAGGAAAGCAGUAUUUUGGGUGUGAAGUCCCAGGGUGGCAAACCAGCAGGAGCAUUCACAAAAGCUUUCCUGACGCACAGUUUACCCAAACUGGCUGAGAAGGACAUCGAAGAUGUGAUGUUGCAUAAGGCCGUCAUUCUGGACUACGCCAAACAAAGCAAAGAGAAGAAAAACAGAAAGAGAGCAAAAGGGCUGAGUGCCAAACAGAAGAGGGAGCUGAAAGUGUUCCAACUGAAACCAGAACAUCAAAGGUAUGAGCUCUUCCUCCCUUUGCAUGACUUGUGGAAACAGUACAUACGGGAUUUGUGUAAUGGUCUGAAACCAGAAAGUAACCCACAGACAAUUCAGCAAAAGCUUUUGAAGGCUGAUUUACACGGUGCCGUCUUAACAGUCGUCCGAUCAAAGUGUCCCUCGUACGUGGGGACGACAGGAAUUCUUGUGCAAGAGAUGAAACACGUAUUCAAAAUCAUCACAAAAGAGGACAGACUUAAAGUCAUUCCAAAGAGAAAUAGCGUGUUUUCUGUGGAAACGGGCAACUUUGUGAACUACAUCUAUGGCAGCAAGUUUGAACUCCGUGCCAGCGAGCGUUCAGCAAAGAAAUUCAAAGCCAGAGGAACCAUUGACUUGUAAUGGAUGCCUGCUCUCACAGCCAGAGUCCUUUCUCACUGGGCCUUUGCUUGUUAUAGGCUCCUGUGAGUGAAGUCAGAGACGAGAGUCUAAAGAAGUCUGUCACAAGGCUCAGUGUCAACGGCUAUGAUAGGCUGACCUGUCAUUUAAGAGACAUGGCAGCUUCAUAAACUUUUCAAGCUGAAGGGUUUGUGAAAACAUUGGACAAAGAAAAGCCAGUGUUUGUUUUAGAGGCAAUUUGUC